AUGGGAGGAAGGUGGACCAUCAGUGAAAAAACGGCCCGUUCUUCCAACAUCUCUGCAGAAGCCUUCAUUGGGGUGAUUGUGGCCAUGGACACUGGUCUUCAGUCGGAUCUGUCCCAGUGGAUGGAGAGUAUUCGCUCUGUGGCAUCUGAGAUUCAGUUUUCAGGUGCUACUGUGACAUCUUUGACUUACUGGUGUAAGGUUUGGGGUGGAAAGGGUGUUGGGUGGAGUUUGAUUUCCAUGGUGAACUACAUCCAGCUAGCAAUGAAAUGCCAGAGCAUGAUAGAUUCAUCUACUAAUUACAGCGAUUUAUACAAUACCCUACCAGUGGACAGACCUACUCUUUACACCUUUCUGUUCUGGAUUGCCACCCGUUUCAAGUUCAUGCACUUGGCAGCAGGGGGGUCAUUCUAUUUUAAUUCUAGUGGCCGCCAAAGACCUGCGAUGGACUGUAACUGGAAUGCAAGCCAACGUGCCCUAGGAAAUCGCCAAGAUGUUGAGAAGGCCGAAUUCCUGCGAAAGCGAUUUACAGCUUCUCAUAGAAAGGAGAAUUAUACCGAUGAUAUCUCGUCUGCAUAA